AUGACGGUACAUCUUUUUGGUGCUGCAUCCUCACCAGGCUGUGCGAAUUAUGGUCUGAAGUACCUUGCCAAUGCUCACAAGGUUGAGUUCCCCUUAGCUGCUUGUUUCAUAAGCAGAAACUUCUACGUGGACGACGGCAUAACAAGUGUGCCAGAAACGGAGGAUGCUAUCCGUCUGGCAAGAGAAGCCGUUAGUCUUUGCAAGAAGGGUGGCAUUCGGCUACACAAAUUCGUAUCCAACAGCAAGAAAGUCAUUGAGAGCAUUCCGGACUCGGAACGUGCGAGUGGGAUUUCGGGUCAAGACCUCAGUUUCGAGGAUUCCUUUGAGCGGGCUCUCGGAAUCUGGUGGAACGUUGGUAACGAUCACCUUUGCUUCAAAAUAUCGCUUAAGGAGGCCACUGUGGCCUCAGCCUAG